UCCGGUCUUCACCCGCGCGCCGCGCGCCGCCGCCAAUGGUGGAAAAGGCCGCCUACUCGCGCUUCCAGUCAGAUGUACCGGGUGAUUUCGGAGCUUGGUUUCGGUCUCGAAAAGCGAUGGAAAGGGCGCUAUCUAACGAGCCCUUGAUUGUUAAACGAAUGACCACUGGAAUAGGGAAAAGUACAUGGCUCUGACUACACGUGACCCAGUGCCCCAGUCCUCUAUGACACACAUGACCCAGCAGGGCACCACGCCUGGCAAGGGCACAGCUAUGAGCAGCCUGAGACAGCACUUCCAAAUCGUGGUGAGAGACUUAAUCCCUUUGGGUGGCCCACGGCAUGUGAGAGUGGAUGACAAGCGCUCUCGCCACUCCAAGCCAGGAGUGCUGUCCCUGCAGCCCCCCCAGAAGGCAAACCAGACCCAAAGAAGUGCCAGUUCAUUCUCAAAACAAGCCUUGAUCUUGGAGAAACCCGAGAUGAAGAUGCAGGUACCUUCUAUCUUGUUGAAGAGGAUGCCGAAUUGCACUUCCACCAGCUUGGCUGCCACAGGAUCUGCAUCUCUCAGUGCUGGUGCAGUCCACAGAGAGGGGGACCGUGGCUGCAGAUCUAGUCAAGUGAGGAGUAGAAGCCUGGAGGGAGCUACUCCUGGCAGCAGCACUCAGGUUCCUUCUCGCCCGAGGAUACACUCGGUUUUGCCAGCCCUGCUCCCCCAGUCAUCGGAGACUCCCCACCAGCCUGAGAAUGAGCCUCCAAAGCAGACCCUCAACUCCCAGAUUAGACACGGAGGGGCAUCAACAGAGCAAAGCCCUCGGAUGAAUGUCCCCAUUAAUGCUGCAGGUGGCAGUGCUGCUGUAUGUCCUUCCUCCUCAGUCAAGAGGAAGGCAGAGCCUGCUGUAGAGGGGACGUGGCAGGGGAAGAGGGCCUGUUCAGUGUUCCUGGGCUCAGGCAUUACUGGGCUCAGGCCUACCAGAGACUUGGGCCUGAACAAAGAGCAGAAUAGCCCAGGCAUCAAGGUGCUGAAACCCGAUAAGCCAGCUACACCACUGUGCUCCCAGCAAGCUCAGAAGACCAGGGAGGCUAAGCUGGGUGAGCCAGCUCAAGCAGUCAGUCUAACCCGGAUGGAGGCAUCCAGAGUACACCAGACGUGGUCAACCACAUCGGGCCAGAGAAAGCUGGAGAGCAAUGAGACCAAAGGCCAGCCUGCCAGGAAGCCCCACUGGAGGCAGCCUGUGGGGCACGGUAUGGACAGCACCCAGAGGCUUGUCUCAACCACGAUACCUCCUCCUGACACAGGCACUGACCAGAGUGACACUGCCACUGAGGCUUAUGACCCUAUAUCUGAAACCACCCUGAAAGCUUUACCUGACUCCCCUGUCAAGCCAAAAAGCAAUACCAGUUCCAGUGGGAGUGUGGUAGCCCCUUGUGUUCCAGACAUUGGGCACAGGGGUGCAAAGGAGGCCCAGGACAGUUGGGAGCUGGAAUCGGACUUGGGCCUUGGGGUCUGUCAGCUCAGCAGCAGCAGCAGCGAGAGUGAGGAAGAGCCCCUACUUUCCUUGCAGCAGAUCCUGGAGCGCAGCGCUCUGCCCCCCGCCACGCCACAGAAGGGAGCCUUCUCUGAGCCUGGAACGCCCCAGACUAAAGCACCGCUGCCACCAAUGAAAAGCAGUCAGUUGGGGAAUUACAGGAAUACACUGGAAGCGAUGCUGAAGGAGAAGGAGCACAAUGCCAGGCUGAAGGACAGUGAGAUGAAGAUGCUUCUGUCCUGCAAGGAGGCCAUGCUGAAGCUGGAGGAGCAGAGUGAGGAGGUCACUGAGGAGGCCGUCCCUCAGGAGCACCGGGAUUUCCUGCAGAGGUUUUACCUGGUCUCCAGUGCCAUCCCAGAUCUGCACCCAGGGGAGGAGAUCUUCAUGUUGGCCAAUUGUGGGCGCCUGUUCAGUCUGCAGAACCUUGACCUCCGAAAAUGUGCGGUGACCCCACAGAACAUGGUUCAGAAAACCCUCUUGCAGGCUGAUGCUGAGAAGCUUCCCCUGCUGGUGAGUGCAGGAUUGCUGAUAAAGGCAUACCGCUCAGUGCCCUGUCCUCCUCCGGUGUCCUUCCUGCUCUUCCAGAUAAUGUCCAUCCAUCCAGACAGAAAAACUUCCACACAGAUUCUUCGGUCCUUGAAGCAUAUUGCCAUAAUGGCUGCAGAACAGAUUGUGGAGAACCAAAACGGGGAAUUUCAAGUAUGGAUUCCCAGCCUGAGGGAGGUGGCCCUUAUCUUCCUCAAUAUGGGGGUGCCAUUCAUCACCCUCUUCCCCCUGCAGUCGCUACAGCCCCCUUUCUCAGAGGGUGACCUUUUGCAGAGUGUACUGAUCCAGACUGAGCAUGUUCAGGAUACUAAGCCAGUGACCUUCCCAGAACAUAACGUGGAGAACGUCAUUAAGUACCUGGCUCUGAGCACCUCGCUAGCCUCCAAGGCCUACAGCGAUGAUGAGCUGUUCCUGCUGCUGACCGCCAUGUGCAAGCUAAGUCUGGAGACCCGGCUGCAGCUCCUGACCAUGGAGGACCUGAUGUUCCUGCUGGAGAUGCUGCUGGACAACAGCAGAGACUGGGAUACACAGCUGCCACGUAUCUGCCUGGCCUUGGCUGACCUGUCGGACGACCACCACAACCUCCGGAGAUUGGUUCAUCUGCUUCCGCACAGCAAGAGAGGGAAGCAGCUCAGGAAGCAUGUCAGUGUGACCAUUAUCUCCAAACUGUUAGACCACAGAUUCGUCUAUGAACCCACCAACUCUGACUUUCAGCUGUCAGUGUUGCGGCCGUUCAUCCCGCACAUGCGCCCCUCACUGCUGCUCAAAAUCCAGUUUUCUGUGAGGGAGGGCCAGGCCCUGGAGGAUGGAGUCACUUCCCAAGACCAGCAGGCUUAUUACCUCUGCUACAGCCUCCUGAUUCUAAUUAACGAAGCUACAAAUUUUGAGUCUCUUCCCUUGGGCCAAAAGAAACACCUCCAUAUACUCAGUGCAGAGCUGGAGAAGCACAUCAAAUGUGACAUCAGGGAGACUGAGAAGUGUCUUUACAGGAGUAAGGUGAAGGACUUUGUGGCGAGGAUAUACACUCGAUGGCAAAUUCUUCUGCAGAAGUCCGGGCCUUCUGAGGGUCUGCUGUAUGAUUACUGGCAACCCUUGCCUGAGGAUGCUGGGUCCGACAGUCAGCAGAGCCAGUUAGAUACUUGUCAGGAUGCAGCCAUUUGCACAGAUGUGCCCGAGCCCAACCGCAGUUCAAGUCCUUCUCAGUUAGCGGCUUUACUUCCUGACGAUGGUCACCCUCUGAUUUCUACUGCUGGUAGCAGCUAAACGCUGUGUGCCCAGACCAGUGCAACUCGUUCUGGGCCCUGCGACAUGGACAUAUAGCUCUUCUGGAUCCUUCAUCUCAGGCCCUGCAGCACGGACACGUAGACCUUCUGAGUGUGGAUUAGCAACUGCCUUGUGUUUUUGCACGCACAGCCGCUUUGGACCCGGUGGUAAUGAGGGUGGGAGGGCGAAUGCAGCCUCCAGUUCACCUUAGCACCCCUGAGAACACUUCAGGCCAUUUUCACUACUGCUCACUUCUGGAGGUAUUCAGAGCUGACCGUAAAGGAACUGUCAUGUUUUUAAGUUCAGGUUUGAACAGUAACAUUUUGUUUAAUAAAUAUGCAGGCAGGUUUUCAGGUGUUUUACUUCAGAAAGUUAGUAAAGGCGCAAUGCUUUGGUCAUGUGUUUUGUCGGUGUAUGCCAUGCAGCCCUACACAAAACCAUGGAGUACUUUCGUAUGGUCGGUCUGUCUGUCGGCCCUUGAGCAAGUUUAGUCUUUAGCUCAGAUCUGCUUCAUGCCUCUCACCUUGGCUCAUGUACUGCUGUGAGAUGUUCAGUGUUUUGUGUUCAGCCUGAUACCUGCCUUAUUUUAAUUGCAUUACACACCUUAUCUGUGUUUUCUAUCAAAUGUGGCAAACGUGAAAUGUGGACGUCAUGCCGACGGUCUCUGCUGUGGUGGGUGGGCGAUGUGCGGCGCACUGCACAUAUGAAUCGCCGCCACUCUAAGCAUAUGCAGCUGGCUGUAACCUGCCGUCUGUGCUGAGGGGCUCAUAAGAUGGGUCCCUGAACACAGUCCUGCCUCGGUGAAACCAUGAGUGUAAAAUAGCCUUAUGGAAGCUUGCCCAGACUUCUGAACUCUCCUUACUCUUCUGCUAAUAUGUCAUGUCCUGGGUCUCGAGGGAGCCCCGUGCUGUAACUGACGACAUCAUGCUGCAUCUUUCUGCUGAGUGAUGUGCUGCUUGUACGGGAUGCCACCCAGUUCCUGCCAUGCUGCACGUUAAAUGAAACACAACAGGCUAAUUUGUAUUUUACUGCAAUAUACUUAUUGUAAUAACCACAAACAAUGUUUAAAAACCUAUUUUGUAAAAAUGAGAUUCAUUAAAUCAUUCGGUGUCUUUCC